GGGUUUACACGCGAGCGGGAGCUGGAUUGUUGCAACGUUGUUAAGCUAGAAGAUACAUGUCAGCGGCGUUACCUGGACAAUGCGGGGACUCUCAUAGCGGUAGAGAAAUGCACCGGUUCACCAGGAGCCUCUGACCAGCUGUCACAUUGUUUCGUUUAUUUUCUCCUGCUGUGUUCCUCCCUCUCUCUCCUUUCUCCCUCUCUCAGUGUCUCGACACUUUCCCACCCCUCCACCGUUUUUCUUUCCUCCACCACCGAUCUCCUCGCCCGCAUGGACCCAGUCUCUCCGCUCCAAUGCCGGGGCAAGGCGCCGGUCGCUUGCUCUUCCCCGGCUCCCAACAACAACCUCAUCAUGAACCACCACAGCAGCAGCAGCAGCUGCGGCAGCGGCGGCCGGGAACACCGCUCUUCGCCGCAGACCCCCGAGCAGCGGCGACAAGCCGUCAAGAGGCACCACCACAAACACAACCUCAGGCACCGCUACGAGUUCCGAGAAACCCUGGGCAAAGGAACCUAUGGGAAAGUGAAGAAGGCGAUUGACAGAUCGGGCCGUGUGGUGGCCAUCAAGUCGAUCCGCAAAGAUAAGAUCAAGGAUGAGCAGGACCUGGUUCACAUCCGCCGGGAGAUCGAGAUCAUGUCAUCACUCAGCCACCCGCACAUCAUUAACAUCUACGAAGUUUUCGAGAACAAGGAUAAGAUUGUCAUCAUCAUGGAGUAUGCGAGCAAAGGCGACCUUUACGACUUCAUCAACGAGAAGCAAAGCCUGACUGAGCAAGAAGCCCGGCAUUUCUUCCGGCAGAUUGUGUCUGCUAUUUAUUAUUGUCACAAGAAUGGGAUUGUGCAUCGGGAUUUGAAAUUGGAGAACAUCUUGUUGGACUCCGCUGGCAAUGUGAAGAUUGCUGACUUUGGGUUGUCCAAUUUAUACCACCAGGACCGAUUCUUACAAACAUUCUGCGGCAGCCCCUUGUAUGCUUCUCCGGAGAUCGUCAAUGGCCGGCCUUACAGGGGUCCUGAGGUUGACAGCUGGUCCUUGGGGGUCCUGCUCUACGCACUGGUCCACGGCACCAUGCCUUUCGAUGGGCACGAUUACAAAAACCUGGUUAAACAGAUCACCAACGGUGAAUAUCGAGAACCAACCAAACCUUCAGAUGCGUGCGGGCUGAUCCGGUGGUUAUUAAUGGUCAACCCAGACCGCCGGGCCACCAUUGAAGAUGUCGCCACGCACUGGUGGGUUAACUGGGGCUGCAAGACCCAGAUCUGCGAAAUGGAGUCGGUGCGGGAGUGCGAGUACGAGCCGCCGGCCACCGUCGCCCUGGAUUGGAUGCAGCGCUCGUCCCGCAUUGUCUUCGAGAGCGGCUCCAAGGUGCGUUGCUUCUUCAAGCAGCACAGCUCGCCGCUGGAGCGCCAGAGGUCGCUGAAGAAAUCGAAGAAGGAGAAUGACAUCUCGCACUCGCUGCAGGAGGGGGCUCCGUCGGAGAGCCCGGGCAAGUCUCUGCUGAAGAGGCCCAAGGGGAUACUGAAGAAGCGAAACAACCACGAGCACAGGUCGCACAGCGCGGGCAACGUCAGCCACGCGGUGGCCUUGGAGGACGAUGUCUUCACCCGCAUGGACGCCAGCGUUCCCUCGGCAGUAACCAGUGGGCAACGUGACUGCCCGUCCACUCCCCUCCCAAAGAAGGGCAUACUGAAGAAGCCGGCAAAGCGAGAAUCUGGGUAUUAUUCCUCACCGGAGCAGAGCGAGUCGGCUGACGUGCUGGACUAUGAGAACUCCGUCUUCGAGGCCGCCAUGUCCGAAGCCAACAGCGACUCCUACGACGACUCCAAAGACCAGACCUCCCGACGCAAGGGGAUCCUCAAGAGGAACGGCAAGUUCUCCUCCGGCAGCGCCGGCUCGGCGGUGGAAGCUGCUGCCGCCCUGAAGAGUUUGGGCUCCUUCAACGAGCUGGCCUUCUCCGACAUCCGCCUCUCGUCCCACCGGGGCUACCCGUCGAGCGCGGUGAGCGAGGACAGCAUCCUGUCCUCCGAGUCCUUCGACCGCCUCGACCUCCCCGAGAGCCGGCAGGAGCGGCGGCGGCCCAUGCGCACGUGCGUCUCGGCCGACGACCUGCUGCACCUGGGCGCGGCAGAGACGGACUGCAGGCCCCGCCUCUGCAAGAUGAAGUGCUUCGCCGACCACCUGGCCGACAGCAACUUCUCCCUGACGGACUUGGACAACGUGACCGAGGUCUACAAAAAGGCGGUGGCCAUCUGCAACAAGCUGAUCUGAGUGGGACAAUCUCGGUGGUCUUGUCGUCCCCUCCCCACCACCGCUCCCAAAGCCCUAACUACAUCUCGUUGUGUGACGGGAGUGGGGAAGGGUUACAGACCAGGUGAACACUUGAAGUCACAAAAGAAAAAGUUAGCUGAGAGGAAGAGAAAGUGGCGAUAGGAAGAUGGAGGUUUUAGGAAGUGAUACAAGGUUGAGGGAUGUUGGAGAUUCAAGUCAUUGUGCAAGGGGACAUAUCUUCCUCUGCUCAUUCAGUUGGGUGUCUUGCUGGUGCAAGAUAUAUGGGGAAUGCCCUAAAUUGGGAAGUGACCUGUACAACCCUUGCACGAUGAUGGCCGAGUGGUGAAAGUGGGAAGGCGGAGAAGUUGUGUAAAGGUGGUCGAUGGGAUUGUGAAUUUAAAACAAAGGGAUAAGGUUUGCGGAAUUGUCGGAAAGAGGAAAGGCUUUUUGACUUUUAUUUAACAUAAAAGAAAAACAUGUAGGGGUUGAAGAGGAUGUGGUUGAGAAUUUCUGUGGUGUUAAACCACCAUUAAAACAAGAAUCCAUGCAUUCCAGCAAUGCAUUUGGCCGCUUAAAAAAAUACUCAUGUCGCUGGCCAGCAAAUGGGUGCCUUGUCUCUGCCAAAAAAAUAAAUAAAUGGAGGUACAGGGAAACUGAACAGUUGCACCAUGGAGAAAAAUGAGUUUAUUAUUUAUGUGUCAGACGUGUAUAUAUUUUGCAAGUUAAUUUAUUGUUUUCCCCACCCCCACCCACUCCCCUUCUCCGUUUCAGACUAUUGGCUGUGUGUAAAUAAAAAAGCAAGUCCGAAGACGUUUACUAUUGUAAUGAAGUAGAUUCUUUUUCUACUAGUUAAUUGUAAUAAAAAUGAAUAUUAUCUUCAAAUAGCAAUGGAUGCCAGUUGAUUUCAGCAAGGGAAUUGUGUUUCCGGGGGGGAAGAAUUAACACGUGACACGCUUUAUUUGACAGUCUUCCUGUUACUGGGAAAGGUCUGACGUUGAUACAUGAUGAUAUUGUGAAAAAAAUAAUUUGUAAUGUUUGGAUGUGUUCUGGAUUUGGAUGUUGAGUUUUGUAUUUUUUUUGGAGGGAAACUGAGGGGAUAGAGUGUGGAGGAGGGAAAAUCUGGCAUCUCCUCAACGUUCCCGCCUAGGGUUACGUUACUGUACGUGUGUCGGAAGGAACUGUAGAAGCUGGAUCUACACCGAAGGUAUGCUGGAGUAACUCAGCGGGACAGGCAGCAUCUCUGGAGAAAGGGGAUGGGUGAGGUUUCGGGUCGAGACCCUUCUUCGGACUGUCCGUCAGGCGGAUCUCUUUCAAAACCUCCUUCAGACUGAAGAAACGUCACCCAUUCCUUCUCUCCAGAGAUGCUGCCUGUCCCGCUGAGUUACUCUAGCACUUUGUGUGUGUGUGUGUGUGUUACUGUAUUUGAUUUGUAUUCAUAUGCUGUGAUGUUGCAUGCCAUUGUGACUGGAUGAAUGUAAUUCCGACUGGUGAACUUGGUUUCUGAGCGAGUAUUUGAAUCCUACUUGAAUCCCACUUCCCUCCUCGCCCCUAUCCCCUCAUUUUCUUAUUUGUAUCAAUGCAGCUUUCUAAAAAGAAAAAGUUAGGUGUUCAAAAUAUGGAAUGAACGAUCGCAUUUUGAGUUAAGGGUCGCAAAGUCAGCCUGCCGUUGUGUUAGUUUUCUUUCUGUUCUCUUGUGAAUAUUUUCGAUGUGUUUUUUUAUGUGAGGCAACUGAGUUUAUCUGGGACUCUCUUGCUGUGUCCAAUUCCAACCCUGUCAAGUGAGGUGAUUAAAACAGGGCAGUUUGUGUGAGGGAGUAGUGGAGGAAAAUAAAAACACAGGCAGAAAUCACAGACAAACCCUUUAAACCUUUAUACAGUUGACUUUUUAACCUUAUGAUCAAGGCAACAACCUAUUGUCAUUGUGUAGGAAGGAACUGCAGAUGCUGGUUUACACCGAAGGUAGAUACAAAAUGCUGGAGUAACUCUGAGGAACAGGCAGCAUCUCUGGAUAGAUCGAAUGGGUGACAUCUCGGAUCAGGAGGAGGGUCUCAACCUGAAAACAUCACCCAUUCCUUCUAUCCAGAGAUCCUGCUGAGUUACUCCAGCAUUUUGCGUCUUAAGUUAUUGUCAUUCUGCUAGACUGGUAUGGAAUUUAUAGGGGGGAAAAAAAGUCAAACUCAUUUUGAUAUGUGAAUUAAUAAUUGCAAAUAGAUUUGAAUGAUGCUGUGAUAUUCCAAUAACUGGCAGUUUUAUUUUUGAAUUGUGCAAGAGAGAAAUAUUGGUUGGGGUUUAAAUUGGUUCUUAGUCUUUCCGUUGCAGCUGUAAGAUCAUCCACUACUUUGCCAGGCCCUCCUAGUCUUCAACACUUUUGCACCCUUGUGCGUGAAAUAGCAGCUCGUUUUGGCCCCUUGACGGGCCAUGUAAGGUGCUGAGGAGAUUUGAAGAAGAGGAUUAGUUCAAAUUUGUAAAAUCUCAAUGGGCAAGGGCACUUGGGGAUCAGGACAAUCUGGUCAGUUCCUCCUCACUCCUCAAGAGUACUCCUCUAACAUAACUUCAUUUUAUCAUCUUUGCUCUAUAACCUUCAACAUCUUUACCGAGCGAGAUAUUUCAUUCACCUUUGGUAGUCGGUGUUUGAAAUGUUCUACUGGAUAUUGCAUUCCGACGUCACUCUGAGCGGCCCAACUCCCACUUUCACAUUCUUCUUCUCCCUACUCUGGAUAUGGUGGAGGAGGUAGGGGAGAUGCAAAGAAAUGACCUGUUCCUUUUCAAUCCUCAACCAUCUCGUCGUCCAACCAGACCAUUGCUACACGAGGCUAGAAUCUGAUGGUUUACUGCCGUGUCAUCUUGGCUCGGAUUGAGGCAGUGAUUUUGGUUGCCAUGAACGGGAUUGGGGGGGGGGGUAUCUAAUGGGUCCACCGCCUAAAGCCAGUUGCUUACGCUUCCUGGGAGGUGAAGAUAUAGGUGUUGGGGAGGUUUGAGUCCCUUUGCCGUGGGACAAUGUAGCAACAUCCACCUGGACUAUUGGCCCACAGCCAAAGGUUGAUGCCAACCUACAUGGUGCCUUGUGGCAUUAUCUAUUGAUGGAGUAUGAUCGUCAAGCAAAGAGCAGGGACCAUUUACAAAUGGAUAGGAGAUGAGUGCGAUCAUGCUUAUACCAAUGUUUCUUGGCCAGCAUGAGUCUCGGACUUGCUUAUGCCCCAGGUACAGAAACUGGGGCCACACGAUAUAUUUGCCUUGUUGCCUACUUGCUGUGGACUACAUGCUUUGUACAUGUGUUCCUUGAAUUACUGAGUAAUUUGUAUCAAACAGAAUGUCAAGACUGAAGAAUCUGUGAUUUUGUUUUUGUUGUAUAACGCUAAUUUAUUUUUUUUAGAUGGUUAAAUUCCAUUUGCCACAAUAAAAGAAAUUGCCUUAAA